AUGGCGGGGCAGACCCGCCCCCUGGCAAGGAAGCGCGGUGGCCCUGCCCCCCGGCCUUGGCAGGGCGAGGCGCCCUUGGCCACCGGCGCAACAGGAACUGCCGGCGCCACCUUCUUCGACCGCCCAAUCAAGGAGUCUGUCUGUGUACGGGCUCCUCUUCCAGCGUGCUUUGACUACUUGCGAGGCGCCAAGUGCGUCCGGCCACACGCCCGGCCACGACGACCAACGGCGGCGCAGGUUCAGUGGUUCACCAAGAGCGGGCGUCACGCGGCCACGGUGGCGCUGGUGCUGUUCCCUCCCGCUGGCACCAAUAUGUGCAUCAUGUCAGCAGCUCUACAGACUACCGUAGCUCCUUCCCCUGCAAUACUGUGA